GUUUAAGCAAACUUCAAUGUCAACAAUGAAAAGUAUUACAUUAGAGGAAGAAAUGAAAAAGAGUCCUCAAUUGAAGUUAUCUGAUAUACAAUCACUGAGAGAAUGGUGCGAGAAACAACCGCACUUGCCAAAAAUUGAGGAUACCUUCCUUGCUUUGUUUCUUCACAAAAAUUAUUAUCAAAUGGAACCAACGAAAAACACAAUUGAAAAUUAUUACACGCUCAGGACGCACUUACCAGAAUUUUUUGGUAAUCGAGAUCCGUGCAGGGAAAAAACGGAGCUACAACAAGGCUUCAAAGUCUCGGCUGCUUUUCUUCUGAAAGCAACAACGAAGGAUGGCUAUAUAAUAUCAUAUGCGACAAUACUAGAACCCGAUUCUUCUCUCUUUGACUUUAAUAUCGCUCUCAGACAUGCCUUCAUGUUACUUGACGUAAAUAUUUUCAUAAAUGGUAUUACGAACGGUUAUGCCUUGCUCUUCGACGUUGGAAAAUUAUCCUUUGGUCAUAUUACACGAAUGAAUCCAUUGGCAUUAAAAAAAUUUUUUUAUUAUAUCCAAGAAACAGCGCCAUUUCGUCUGAAGGAAGUCCAUGUCUUAAAUGCGCCAUCCAUAAUAGAAAUAUUAAUGAACAUAAUAAAACCUUUUAUGAAGAAAGAACUGAUGGACAAUGUAA